UCUGGGGUGCCUGUGGGCAUUGGGAAAUGGUGGAUCUUGGUCCUGUUUAUCGUAGAUUUUUGCUCUUUGCAGCCGGAUCAUGGUGUAGCUUAGCUAAAUUUCAGCGCCCUGCCGAUUUGAUCAGAUUCAGAGUGUGAGAGAUACUCAGUGUCUUGUUAAUGCCUAUGAUCUGCUAAAUCUUUACAGUUCAAAGUGAGGCAUUUCUUUCAUCUCUGAUCUUUCCUUGGUUGAUAGCACUUGCCAGAGGUAUGGUUGUGUAGUCAUGAACUGCUGAGUGUGUUGGAAACUUUGCUUGAUCUGUGAAAAAUAUGUGGUAUGUAAAGUUGCUGCAUUAUCAACGGGUUGGUCAGGGAUGGUGCUACUCGCUUGCUUGACAACCGUGUCCAAAUUUUUUUUUUUCCCAAAUGGGACACCCCGAAGUCUGAUUCCAGUCGUGUUGGAUUCGAGUUGCAAUUUUUUUUUGCCGAAUCGGAUAUCCGAAUCCGAGUUGGAUUCCAAUUCCGACACCCGUGGCUUUGCAUGUUCCAUGAAGUUAGUUGCACUUCCCUGGGUUGACAUCCGUUGGGAGCCUCGUGAAUCAUGCUUCCGCCUUCCGCAAUGAAUGGUCUGGAAGGGGCAAGGUGCUCGAGUUUACGGAAUGUGAAUGUGCACCAGGGCUAUCCAAAAGAAACACUGAGGCGUUUCCUUAAGGCCAGAGAGUGGAAUGUAUCAAAGGCUCAUAAAAUGAUUGUAGAUUCUUUGAAUUGGAGGAUUCAAAACGAAAUUGAUAGUGUGCUGGAGAGACCUAUAGUCCCUGUAGAUUUAUACAGAUCGAUACGCGAUUCACAACUUGUUGGACUGUCAGGAUAUACAAAGGAGGGUCUCCCAGUUUUUGCCAUUGGUGUUGGACAGAGCACAUAUGACAAAGCUUCGGUCCACUACUAUGUGCAAUCCCAUAUCCAGAUUAAUGAAUACCGUGAUCGUAUAAUUUUGCCCAUGUUGACGGAAAAGUUUGGACGGCCUAUUACUGGCUGUAUAAAAGUUCUGGAUAUGACUAGUUUGAAGUUAUCAGCACUGAGCCAAAUAAAGAUGUUGACUUCCAUAUCAACAGUUGAUGAUCUGAAUUACCCUGAAAAGACAGGGACCUAUUAUGUGGUUAAUGUUCCAUACAUAUUUUCCGCUUGUUGGAAGGUUGUGAAGCCCUUGUUGCAGGAGAGGACCAAAAAGAAGGUCAAAGUUCUGAGUGGUUGUGGGAGAGAUGAACUCCUAAAGAUUAUGGACUAUUCAUCACUUCCCCAUUUCUGCCGCCGGGAGGGCUCUGGGUCAUCAAAGCACUCAUCUACUGAUGUUGACAAUUGUUUCUCCCUUGAUCAUCCUUUCCACAAAGAACUUUAUGGUCAUAUCAAGGAGCAAGCAUCGCACAAGGAGCUCAUCAAGAUGGGCUCAUUGCAUGUCAGCAUUCCUGAGCCAGACCCAAAUGAUGCAAAAAUUGUAGAGGUCAUCCAGGCCGAGUUCCAAAAGAUCGGCGAGCAGAAUGAAUCCACUAACGGCCACAAGGAUUAGCGUGCAUCAAGGAUGGCCAUCUGCGGAACAUCUUAACCGGUGCUGGUGACCUCUGACGAAAAUUGGUUAUUCCUGUUCAUGUCUGUAUUUUGGUUCUCAGUCCCCAAUUGCCUGGGGAAUAUAGUAGAAAGAUCUCGCAUUUUCAUGAUGCGAGCUUGAGUUUAUAGUUGGAGAGGAGAGACCGAAAGAUAAACAAGUCAGUGUAUAUUAGAUGGACAUGAAGUCAUAAAACUCCUUUUGUUAGGGUAACCAACAUAUAUUUAGCUGUUAUAAGGAUGGAAAUCCAUGGAAGCGCCUUUGGUACAGUUUUGCAUCA